AUCGGCCGCGAGCUUCGCCUCAGUUCGGGGAUCGAGGACACAAAGGUCUCGGCCUAGUCAGCCAAUCCAAGAGCAGCUGACAGUUAAAAACAGCCGGCAGCCUACUUAGUGACGGAGAUUUCUAUAUCGUUCUUAAAGUUUCUUUUAAAAUACCACGUUACAUUAUCCACGGGUGGUCGAGUUUUCAGUUGACGAGAGCGUUAACGUCUCGAGCGCGUUCUAAGACUUCCGGUGCACUUGAUACUACUGUAAAAAUUCCUCGUGGAAGAAGGCAUAUUGAUCAAAUAAAAAAGAAAGAAAGAAACUUAUUGAAGAUACAAAAAACUUUUACACUUGCUUCGACUUCGUUCGGGCGGAUUCCACAAAUGAUGUGAAAUAUGUAAAGCUCGUUUCGAGUGACGUGCAAGAGUUGAAAGUUCGCUAAUUGGAUCUGAAAAUACAACAAGUGCGUCGAAUAUCUUUGAUUAAGAUAGAGUUGAAGUUUUCUCGUUAACAUUUUUUUUUUAAAUUUAUGUUACGCUGAAAGGUUGAAAAAAUAUUUGAUCAGUUGAACUUUAUUCUAGACAAAACAACGCCGUACGGUGGCCAAGUUUAUUUGAUAUAUAUUGUUAUUCGCCCGAUCCCACCCGAGGCAAGUUACAACAAUAAACGAUUGCUAAAAUAUAACUGUAGAGCGUAUGUGACACAAGUUACACGAUUAGAUGAUGUUUCAUACAGCAGUUGCGAAACUUUGUGGACACUUUGCCUGUGAGGUAUAUAGGCAAUUGUAAAGAUUGAAAUAAAAUUCACUCUGUGUUUGAUCGUUGGCAUUAAAUCACGGAAGUUAUAGUGAACAACGUAAAGAAUUAUGGCGGAAGCUGCCACCCGCUCGGAACGGAAGUACACCCACGAAUACGGAAGGCUGAGGCGUUUGACGAGCAAAAUUGACGGUCAAAUACGACAAAUCAGUUCAGAAUAUGGGCUCACCGAGGACCAAGUUGCAGAAUUCAAAGAAGCGUUCAUGCUUUUCGACAAGGACGAGGAUGGCACAAUUACAAUGGCUGAACUCGGUGUCGUUAUGCGUUCUCUUGGACAGAGGCCGACGGAAACGGAACUCCGGGACAUGGUGAACGAGGUGGAUCAGGACGGUAAUGGAACCAUCGAAUUCAACGAGUUUCUGCAAAUGAUGUCGAAAAAAAUGAAGGGAGCCGACGGUGAGGACGAAUUGCGCGAGGCGUUCAGGGUAUUCGAUAAGAACAACGACGGGCUCAUUUCGUCGAUGGAAUUACGACACGUGAUGACGAAUCUUGGGGAAAAAUUGUCGGAAGAAGAGGUCGACGAUAUGAUUAAGGAAGCUGACCUCGACGGCGACGGAAUGGUGAACUACGAAGAAUUCGUGACAAUUCUGACUUCCAAGAAUUAGUUUGGGAAAAUCGGAAGGAGACCAAAAUACGACCGGCUAGAAGACUGCGGUGGGGAGAAUAAGGAUCAGGACAACGGCAUUGGAAAGCGGAUCACAAGAAAGUUAGCUUACAGGAGUGAAUUUGGUUCUGGAUAUGAAAUUGGCGGUUUGAGAAUCACAUGACACCGGCGAAAAUUUGCAUCGAUAUGUUACAAUGAAAAGGACUCCAAUAUUACGACACGUUACGUUCCUGUUUAGAAUACCUAAAUUAUCAACACGUUCAAUUAUACGGUAUUUAUAUUAUUACUAUACGUCACGAUAUAUCGCAGCUAAUUUUUGCGGGCCUAAUCUGAGCAUUCAUUCUAAAAUCUCAUCAAGUUUUACAUUAAUAUUUUCGCUACGGGUUGAGUAUACAGAGAUGAAAAACCUAAAUGAUCAGUAAUGGUAUGCAAGAGAUGGUUAAUCAUUUUUCCCAUAAGUAUUUUCAACAACAACGUGAAGUAUACCGCAUGCUUGAGACCUGAAAAGUGAGAGAGCAAAAUCAGACGAGAAAAGAAAUGUCCCUUAAUUGAAGAAACUUGAUUUGCUGGAAAAUUAUCAGUUUUUAAAGGUGUUCAAGUCGCCUUGGGAGAGACCGAAAGUUCCAAAUCGAAUAUCGGUAAUUUCGCAUACAUGCAUAUAGCAUCAGGCAAUUAGGAGCGUCUGUCUCAUCCAUAAUAUAUAUAAUAUAUAUGUAUAACGGACGUCUGCGAUUGAAUUCCUGCACGGCAAUUAUACUGAAGAAUUGAUCAAUUUUAUGUUAUACUAAUAACACGCUAUAUAGUUAAUCUAAUUUUAUGAAUAUUAUACAUAUAGCGAAAUCCGAAGCGCGUAUAAUGAUGCAGGAAAAAGUGUUGAAAUAAUAAUAAAUUGUAUAAUUAAGCUUAUAUCAUAUACCGUAUAAUUUUCGAUAUACUUAUCGUAAGAUUUGUAAGCUAUAUAGUUGAUAUAGUAUAUAUUAUAUAAUAUUGAAAACAAGGUUGCUCCUAAAACAAUCAACUGAGCUUCGGUUAGCGUACCAAAUACCCUAUAUAAUGCUAUAUCGUUACGUGAUUAACAUUUACAAUUAUUCAAACCGCACGUUCAAUACCUUCUACGCCUAAUUAUCAUUACUAUCAUUACAAUUAUUGACAUAAGUACGUUGAUUGCAACUGUAGCGAUUUUCC